UAGCUAGACUGCAUGUCUGUAAUACUAACUAGCCAGAUUGUGGUUUUUAUUAGUGCAUGUAGCUUGCGAGCUUGUCCAUAAGAUCCCUACCUAUGGUGCAACAAGCGAUAGCUAAGCGAGUUUGUUCGCCGGGUCAUUUGAGCUAUUCGGCUAAUGCUGCUCUAGUUGCUUCAGCAGGUUACAGCGUUACCCUCCCAGCCCCCGCCAGGAUGUUCCCAGCCCUGGCCCAAAGACCAUGGCAUGUCUUCUGCAGGGUUUACCUCCAACAGAGGGUCCCCUUCUCGCAGAGAGCGCCCAGAGUAGGCCGACCGUGUCAGGGGUGGCAGAGUGCGGGUGGGGCUCACGGUCUUUGGUUCAGCCUCCCCGACAGCCGAGUGGCAGCUCUAGCCGCGGGUCAGAACCAGUACUACUCCACCUCCGGGAGCAACAAAGACGACUCCUCCACGCCCGGGCCUGACAGUCGGCCCUCGGCAGACAAAGCCCAGGCAGCCCAGCCUUCCACCGAAGUCUUGGCUGGAGAUAGAUCUGCACAAGGUUCCACAGUCCCAGGCCCAACCAAAGCCGAGACUAUCCAAGUGAAAGUGAGGGCGGUCCUUAAGAAGAGGGACUAUGGAUCCAAGUACACCCAGAACAACUUCAUCACAGCGGUUAGGGCCAUGAACGAGUUCUGCCUCAAACCCAGUGACCUGGAACGGCUGCGGAAGAUCCGCCGGCGCAGUCCGCACGACGACACCGAGGCGUUCACUGUCUUCCUGCGCUCAGAUGUGGAGGCCAAGGCCCUGGAGGUAUGGGGCAGCCUAGAGGCACUCGCCCGGGAGAGGAACCUGAGGAAGGAGGUUGAGAGGGAGUACAAAGAAAAUUUAUUUAGGAACCAGCAGCUGUUGAAGGAAUACAAAGAUUUCUGGGGCAACACAAAGCCUCGAUCGGGCAAGAGGACCACGUUUUUGCAAGGCCCAGGGAAGGUGGUGAUGGUCGCAAUAUGCAUCAAUGGGCUGAAUUUCUUCUUCAAGCUCCUAGCUUGGGUGUACACUGGGUCAGCCAGCAUGUUCUCUGAGGCCGUCCACUCACUGGCCGAUACCUGUAACCAGGCCCUGUUGGCUUUGGGCAUCAGCCAGUCUGUGAAGAACCCUGACGCCGUCCACCCGUACGGCUUCUCCAAUAUGCGCUACAUCGCCUCUCUCAUCAGCGGGGUCGGCAUCUUCAUGAUGGGGGCGGGGCUCUCCUGGUACCACGGCAUCAUGGGACUCCUGCACCCACAGCCAAUUGAGUCCUUGCUAUGGGCCUACUGCAUUCUGGCGGGCUCUCUGGUCUCCGAAGGAGCUACACUACUGGUGGCGAUCAAUGAGAUUAAGAAGAGCGCGCAUCUCCAAGGCCUGUCCUUCUAUGAAUACGUGAUGCAGAGUCGUGACCCCAGCACUAAUGUGGUCCUGUUGGAAGACGCUGCUGCCGUGCUGGGAGUUGCCCUCGCCGCUGGCUGCAUGGGCCUCACCUCCCUCACAGGUAACCCGUACUAUGACAGUGUGGGCUCUCUGGGUGUGGGCACUCUCCUGGGCACGGUGUCAGCGUUCCUCAUCUACACCAACACCGAGGCUCUGCUGGGCCGCUCCAUCCAGGCCGAGCAUGUGCAGAAGCUCACAGAGUUCCUGGAGAACGACCCUGCUGUCAGAGCAAUCCAUGAUGUGAAAGCCACAGACAUGGGCUUGAGCAAAGUGCGCUUCAAGGCGGAGGUGGACUUUGAUGGGAGGGUGGUGACGCGGUCCUACCUGGAGAAGCAGGACAUCGAGCAGAUCCUCAAUGACAUCCAGCAGGUGAAGACCCCAGAGGAGCUGGAGAACUUCAUGCUGAAGCAUGGAGAGAACAUCAUUGACACACUGGGAGCAGAGGUGGACCGGCUGGAAAAGGAGCUCAAGCAACGAAACCCAGAGGUGCGGCAUGUGGACCUGGAGAUCCUGUGAUGACAAUGGGGGAGGUGGGACGUGUCCGGAAGCCACUAGAAGGGGAGGGGCCAAGCCCAGAAAACGCCCCCAGAUCUUCACUACCUUCUCCAAACAGCUCAUCCUAAGAGUCUUACUUUGCAAAAGUCCCACAUGUUACACCUCCUCUCCAGGUCCCCCAGCCCCACCCCAAUCCCCCGGCCCUGCUAUGCCCUGGGACGCGUUUUUGGCAACCUAACCACACCAUGACCACAGUUAUUUGGGGUUUGACUGGAAAGCAUCCCACCAACCAUAGUGCCGGGGGGACACGUUUCAGUACUGUUAUGACUUUCCAAAUUCAUUGCAAAUUAGUCACCUUUGUGGUCUUAAAUUUCACAAGGAUUUCCCGAUCCGCAGUCAGAAAGGUUGUUGCCAGUUGCCAGUCACCUCAAGCGGUGAACCGUUAAUGGACCACAGCUCAGCGGUGAACUGCAGGUCACCACAGACAGGUCUCCAGAAGCAGCCAGCCGCAGCAGGUCGUGUUGUGAUUGGAGAGGUGAAAACGUGUCCCCUUCAUAGAUCAAGCUCAAAGAUGCAGGUCUGAGCUAAAGUAGUGACUAAUGUAUUGUUUCCAGUUGCAUGUCCAACCAUAGAGCCAAACAGUGCUGACGCCCGCCACCCUCUCAUCAUGCAGUGUACAUACAUGCAACACCAUCGACAAAGAAGUAUGCAGGCGACUUGUGAAGAUUGCCCUUGCUUUCUGAAAGCAAAUGUCCAAUGGGUGAAGGAAGCGGUCUUUCUCCAUCACGUUGUGACUGGUGUAGAAAACCUCACCCCCCAGUCAUUCAAAAUACACAAAUGUAUGACCAUAUUAAUUAGCAUUAAUAGAAAUUGCAAGAAGAAAUACAAUCAUGCAUAGUAUGUAUUGGCAGUGGAAGGAAGUUGUGUUUCAGAGUCGGUCAAUUUCAGAGUUUAUUAUGAUUUAGACAUAGCGAGUGGAUUGACUGAAACCUGUGUAGCUCUUAAGGAAAACAUGAAGCACAACCAUAAUGUCGAAAUACAUGACCACCAGUCAUUUCGUAGUUUCAGUGUGAAUUUGUCCUCGAAAUCAGAAGUUCCAAGCUCAAGCUCAAGCCUUAGCUCAAUGUAUAUUCAGUUGAGCUGUAUUCUAACCGUAUAACCCCUACAAAUUCACUGAUGUUUUAUUUGCCUUCCCCCCAUGAGAGUGCAACUGACUUGGAUCAACAGAAGGAUACAUGCAAACACAAAAACAUUUUCUUUCCCAUGAAGAUGUACAUUAAAUACAUAUAAAUAUAUAUAUAUAAUUCUAAUGAUUUCCAGUGCAUAUUUCUUUUAUAAGACUCAAUGGAAGGUUAUGACAUUUGCUGCUGUCGUGUGUGCUCUGACGUCUCCCCUGGUAGCGGUUCAAUCUAAACGUUGCUGCGACGUGGCGUAAACGUGAUUGUCGUGUGACAGCUAGCCCUCUGCUACAUGUUCGGGAUCGUGCGCUGUGACCCAAAGAGACUCCUGAUAGACGGAGCCUGCCCGGUGUGCGCGACCGGUUCGUCAUUCUGCUACCCGCCCCUGCGGCAGCUUGCGCGCUGCAUUACAAAAACUAAAGUACAAGACGUCUGAUUUGGUUGUGUUCCCUUAUGAAACAGUAAUACAUGUUAAAAUGUCGAAUUCCAAGUGUAGGAAAUGUUUCCAACAUAUGUGAAAGGCGUACUACGUAUAUUGUAAACAAUUACGUGUAAUUUUAUGUUAACAUUUUAGAAUAUAUCGUAAAAUGACCUACUAUAAAAUAUUGUAGAAUCUAUGCAUGAAAUUGGAUAUAUGAAAGCAACUGUAUUUGUGUAUGUACUUUGAACAUACAUACAUAAACACUGCACUAUGUGGGAAAGUGUCUAAAUUGGCAUAUAAAGCGAAUCUUGAAAGGAUCACGCAAGCUUGAUGAUGUUUGCAAACGCGUACCGGAAAAAGGGUGGGGCUUGAGUUUUCUUUAAAACAAAAAAAUACCUCCUUUAUUUUCUUUGUUUUAACGCCCUGAGAACAAGGCAAAGAAUGACAGGUCCGCCUGAAGUCAAAGGAGCGCCUUUUACGAGUGGGCGUUUGCAAAGAUCAUCGAGCAAGAGCCCCUGUGAAGACCACUUUAGGAUGGUCACUGGCCUUUAUUGUAAACUGAUCGUUUUCUGAUGCAAGCAGCACCUCCAGUAAGGACAAACAUGCUGUUUUUGUUUCGGUCCUUAAAUUUUGGAUUUUACCCUGUUGUGAAGGACACUACUAUUUUGUAAGGGUUACCUCAAACAGGACCUCAAACAGGUGGUCCUGAAUGCAGACUCGGGGGCAGAGCGGUCUGGUUUGUUUCUCAUUUUUAGAACCGUUGGUGUAUCAGGUCCAGGACCUCAUGCCCUCAGUCCCAGAUUUCCGUCACUGACACAGAAAAUAGAAUGUCCUGACAAUCCAAAAGGGUUCAAAAGGUGUGUCUACCUGCAUGCUUAUCUUUCACCUUGUUGCUCCAUCUGGGUACAAGAUACACAGAUUGUUAUGGGCAUAAUACCAUGGCACAGUCAGACUGCUGUGAAGGACGGGUUUUCAUCUGCGCUUAUUAAUUCUGUGUCAUGCUAACUCUGCUGUCUGAGAGUGAAGUGACAACGGAGGUCAUCUGCUGUAUAGGAAUUCAUCUGCGAGACCAGCCCUCAGCUAAAGACUACCUGCACAUCGGCGGAACCUGGAGUGCUUGUGCGUUUGGGGGUGGGGAAGGGGGGAUAUUUUUUUUAAAAGAGGAUCUUUGAUCAUGUACUGUAUGACUGCCCUUUUGCUUGGAGCGAUGGAACUUGUGCUGAAUGAGGUGUUCAAAUAAAUUGUGAUUAAUUUAUUAAAAUUUUUUUUUUUUUGCUUUUUCCCUUUCACAGACUUGUACGUGUCUAAACUUAAUUACUAGAUGAGGAUUUAGAAAAAAAUCAGGGGAGCUGGAUUGGGCAAUAGGUGGCGAUGUCAGGGG